CGAGGCGGCAAACAUCUACAGCACCAGAAGCAAGGGCCUGCUUCAGGAGACUUAGAUAGCUGCAGGGUAGUCCUUGGGCCAGCUGUGAAGAUCAUCCGUUCAAUUGGAUAUCAACUACGGAGCUGUGCAACUUACAUGGUCUACAAUGGCAAGUUGGAGUAGCAGAGCGACAUCGAGUGCUUCAGCAGCAGCCAUGAUCACUGGUCAUCGGCUCGCACUUACAACACGGCUCCUGCAUCGCGCCUACCGUGCUCCUGUGAUGACACCCAGAGCCAAUGUGCUUGCUUAUAGAGACUUGUCAAGCAAUGCUAUGGCACGACGACAGCCAUGGACGAGGGUUGAUGACGUACAUCGAGCAUUCAGCACGACGCGCAACAGAUGUAGCAAGGCGUCAAGAGAGAAUCACAGGGAUGCAAGGGAUCCAGCAACAGCGAAGAAGGACGAAGAACCGACGUCCUAUCUACCAUCCCUGCCGACUUUGCCAACUUUGCCGAGAUCGGUGCCUACAAAGCAAGAAUUGCUUGCUACGGCGACUGGCUUCUUUGGACGGUUACGGGUACGCUCCAAGUGGUUUCUCACACGAUCCAAUCGACCGUUUCGCGCAGAUGAUUAUUCAGCCUUCUUCUCAUGGAUUGUAUUUGGCCAUCUCAUCUGGAUCAUCGUCGGGACGACCACCUUUGUCUCGCUUGCUCUUGCAGCCAUCAAUACCAUCUCUGCACAAGAAUUUCUAGCAAAGAAGGUCGGCAGUUACUUGACAAAGUCACUAGGCAUCACCGUCGUCUUUGAAAAUGCAAUUGUCCCAGAAUGGAAAAAUGGGUGUAUCCGAUUCUCCAAUGUCUUUGUCUCAAGACGUCCAGCGAGUAUGGCCUUGCCGGCUGGUGUGCGACAAGGCAGUCUAGCAGAAGCUACAGCGCAAGCGGCGGCGAAACUGACGCCAUUGCCUUUACGUGAUGCCACGCAAGAGGGAGCAGAGGAUGCGAAUUACACGCAGUUUGAUGUCACCAUCGAGGCGGUCGAUGUCACCCUCUCCUUUGUCAAGUGGUGGAACGGUCGUGGAUUGCUCAAGGAUAUCGAGCUCAAGGGUGUCAGAGGUGUUGUUGAUCGAACGCAUGUUCAUUGGGAUCAAAGUAAACCCCUCGACCCACUCGACUACCGACACAAACCCCAGUAUGGCGAUUUUGAGCUGGAUUCCUUCAAGCUGGAAGACUUGCUCGUCACAGUGCACCAACCAGCUGGAUUUCGACCCUUCACAGCCAGCAUCUUUUCAUGCGACUUGCCAAGAUUGCGCAAACGCUAUCUGUUUUACGACUUUCUGUGUGCCAAUCAUGUGAGCGGCAGUUAUGACAACUCCCUCAUUACCUUACACCCUAAGCAAUCCUUCUUCCUACCGCAUUCUGACCAGCGAGAAGCACGCUUCCGCAUGGAUGGUAUUCGGAUAGACCACAUCAACGAAGGCGCCGAGGGGCCACUCGGCUGGAUCACAGAAGGAACCUGCGACAUUAUUGCAGAUCUUGUCAUUCCACAGCAAAUCGAGGAACCCAACAUUGCGCAAGUCAUCUCCAACAUCGCCGAAUCUGUUACUGCGAGUGAUGAUGUCCCAACAGUCGCUGCAGCGACUGCUCGAAGUCGCAAAGGUGAAGGUGCUUCCUUCCAAUCCUUCCUCUCAGCAUCCGGGGAGAAUUGGCUACAACAAAAUAUCGAGAUUGAUGUCCACUUUAGACUCAAUGAUGCUAAGGCACAAGUACCUCUGUUUCAGCAUGACUUGUCGAGUGUGAAUGCGGCGCUUGUUCGACCGAUUGUGGCAUACAUCAAUUCACGCAAGACAUUUAUUCCCGUCCAUGCACAUAUUUCACUACCGUGCAAUAAUUUCGAGGGAUCAUGGACAUGGUGGGAUUGUGGCCUACAAUCUGGCGUGUCACAAGCAUUAUAUGAUGGAUUUGUGGAAAGCUUGUAUGAGCGGAAACGACAAAAGCGACGCAUUCAAGCAGUUGGCUUUUGGUCCCUACAAAUGGUUGCACAGCUCGUGGUUGUUGCAAUGCGCAAUGUCGUGCCUGCUGCAGCGCCUUAGAUGCAUCAUGAUGAUAGAGAAAAUAUAGGAAGACAUGCUAUGCCCAUUCUCAAGGCCGAGCCACCCAUUCUGGGGCAACGCGGCCGACAAACUUUUGAAACUUGAACCAACCGACAUUGGAGGAACUGUGUCCCUCAGGGUCCGUCACACGUUCAGGGUACGCGAUACCAGAACCAAAAAGUCCUGGCAACGCUUGCUUGUGCUCGUUGAGGAACCUGCCUGAGAGUGGGUCAAAGGAUGGCUUGACUUGUUCGCCAUCCACAGUGAUGCUUGGAAUUGGAUUGCCGACAUA